AUGUCCUGCUGCAAAGCAGCCAACCCCCCAGAGGCCCUUACGUGUCAAGUGUGUCUGGACUCCUUCCAAAAUCCGAUACAGGUGUUUAUAUGUGGCCAUAUAUUUUGCCAGGCAUGCGUGGAGGGUGCUAAAACGUGCCCUACGUGCCGUGGGAAAAUUGAAUACACAAAGCCUCCUGGGUAUUCCAUUCUUCAGGCAAUUAAAGUCCUCCCUGUGAUAUGUACUAGUUGUGGGUGGCAGGGAAUGCGGGAGCAGUCCAGCGGGCAUCGUUGCGGAACGAAAGAAACCCACAGUAUAUAUAGCAAUUACCCGCAACUUUCAGACGCUGAGUUGCAUUCCAGAGCCACAAACAAAGCACAAACAUCCAUCUUUGAACAGCCUGGCUCUGUUCCCGGAAUUGCUCUGGCCUCCUCCAGUCAACCCACAAGUGGAGGCGCCGCAAAAAGGACGUAUAAUAAACCUCGUUGA